UUCUGAACAUGUUGGGGAAUUCAACAUCCACAGAGCAUCGACGCAAAAGAGUGCGUAAAGGGACAAAGAGCUGUUGGGCGUGCAAGCGGCGAAAGAUCAAGUGUAUUCCACAACCGGAAUCCCCCAUUUGUGCUGGUUGUCGUGAGCGGAAUACCCCCUGUAUCAGUCAAGCGUUUGAGGACGAUGAUUCGUUAGACAAUGUUCAAGACUCCCCAUUAGCUCGUCGUAUGGCCAGGGUGGAAUCAUUGCUAGAGAGGCUGAUGGAGACGAUUACUCACGGCCAAACCAGUGGUGGCUUGACUCCUGCAGCUCUUUCUGCAACAGCAAUCCCGCCGCAGUCCAUCUUGGCAUCUCCGCUGGCUGGGGGCCAGAGACAGGAUGAAGCCAGUCCCCUCAGUGAGAAAUUAGGAGUUCUUCGACAUAAGCUGGCUAGGAUGCUACCCUGUCAGGCCGAUGUGGAUUCUUUGUUCCAGUCGAGCCACGGAUGGUGGCUGAUCCAGCAACAUAUUAUGACCCAUCUAGCUAAGUCGACUCACAGCAUGUUUGACGUCAAUGUGGUUGCCCAGGGGCAUCCGAUCACAAUAACCAGACUACUUCUCUGUAUUGCAAUCUGCAUUCAGCAGCUCCCACCAGAUGCCGAUGUGCGAUACCCUCGAGCUCCGGUGGCAAUGCGGAAAAUGAGGCGGAAUAUUACGGAGUUUCUAGUUCAGAAUGUCACUUCGGACGACGAACUCAUUACAAGUGUUGAUGGAAUCGAAUGUCUGGCUCUCCUGGGAAUAUAUGAGGUCAAUGCUGGAAAUCUUCGGAGGUCUUGGGUCUCCUAUCGAAAGGCGGUCACGUUAUCCCACCUUUUAGGCUUACACAGAGUUACCGUCCGAGCGUCCUCAGAAGAGCAUGACUCAAUGAACACCAGGAGAGGCCAUCUGUGGUAUCAGGUAGCAAGAGGGGAGCGUUAUCUGUCUACUCUUCUCGGCGUACCUUCAGCUACAGGAUCAGCCGUUCUCCCUCUUGAUGACAGCGCGCUGUGGCUGUCACCAGAGGAUGUUUAUCACAAGCAUCUAUACCACAUAGCUGGUCUUAUUCUUGCUCGCAACCAAGAGGAUGCCACCCACUCCUUUUCCACCACUCAACGAGUGUGCGAAAUGCUCGAGGUAAUGGCAAACCGGAUGCCGGCAACGUGGUGGGAAGUCCCUACCCAAAUCUCAAGCCAACGGACGGCAAAGGCAUCACAAGAGUUUGAGCGAUUGAUGUGCCACAUCUGGCACUUUGAGCUGGAGCAUCUUCUCCACUUACCAUUCAUGCUACGUGCAACAACCGAUCGACGAUAUGAAUAUUGUCGUGUUUCUUGUCUCAACGCCUGUAGGAACCUGAUCAAGAGAUGGCUUGCUAUACGCGAGAGUCGGGACGCUUUCUACUUCUCCAAUCUGUUGGAAUUCGAGGCGUUUACCGCGGCGACAAGUCUCUUACUCGGGCUUCUCGGGCCACGCAAUAGUAUUGCCUCUAACCAUGUGCAGGAACGCCAGGAAGACUCUCAGCUUGUGGAGACCGUUGUUCGGAGAUUUGAGACACAGCAGCAACAGGGCUGUGGCAUGCAGAUAGGAGAUCAGAGUAUCUCGGUGAUUCAUACCCUGCAACGCUUUCUUCACGACGAGAGUUUGUCAUGCAGCUUGCGCCUUCAGAUUCCCUUCUUUGGCACCAUCAAGGUCACACGCUCCGGUGCCUUGCAGCCGCUGGAAGGCGAGCGGAUACUCGGGGCAAGUACGGUGCGAGAUGAUCAUACCACUCGCUCUGCACAGCUUUCUGGGUUCUUUUCUUCAAGGACAGUCGAUCACACGCCUAAUCAAGCUUCCGGUCCGGCCAGACACUCACCGCAAGGACCGGUUGAACACCAAUGUGCCCCAUCCCCCAUGGCUGUGCCCCCAAAUGGUACAAUUCUGCAGUUUUUUAGUGAUCACCUUCAGCUUCCUGAAGAGUCCAGUACGCAAGAUAUUGUGGGAUUGAGUGAUUGGCCAUACGAUGAAAGCGACACAAUCUUCUUUGAUAGCUUGGUGAAUACUGAUCUUGUGGGCAAUUGGACGAUCUGAAUGCCCGCACGCGCAACCCGUGCUAGGAGGAAUCAUGAACUGGG